CCCUGCGCCCCCGCCCAGCGGCCCUCCCCCCCAUGAAGAAGUUCUUCCAGGAGAUCAAGGCUGACAUCAAGUUCAAGAGUGCGGGGCCGGGCCAGAAGCUCACGGACUCCGCAGGACAGAAGACCCCCAAAGAAAAGUCGCCACAGCAGGCCCUCCAGCAGCCCCGCCAGGGCCCCACCGAUGAGGCACAGAUGGCUGCUGCUGCUGCCUUGGCUAGACUGGAACAGAAGCAGCCCCGAGCUCGGGGCCCCACAUCUCAGGACUCCAUCCGGAACCAGGUGAGAAAGGAACUUCAGGCAGAAGCCACCUCCAGCAACAGCCCAGGGGCUCCCGGGACCAACUUGGCACCUGAACCCAAAGAGGAAAUCUCUCCCCACCUGGCAGUGCCUGGUGUAUACUUCAUCUGCCCGCUCACAGGUGUCACCUUGAGGAGGGAUCAACGGGAUGCCCACAUCAAGGAGGCCAUCCUGUCGCACUUCUCCACAGACCCCGUAGCUGCCUCCAUCAUGAAGAUACAUACGUUCAACAGAGACCGGGACCGAGUGAAGCUGGGAGUGGACACCAUCGCCAAAUACCUGGACAACAUUCAUUUGCACCCAGAGGAGGAAAAGUACCAGAAAAUCAAACUGCAGAAUAAGGUGUUCCAGGAGCGCAUCAACUGCCUGGAGGGUACCCAUGAGUUCUUCGAAGCCAUCGGCUUCAAGAAGAUGACACUGCCAGUACCAGAUCAGGAAGGUUCUGAGGAGUUCUAUGUGCUGGGUGAGGCCACACGAGCACAGCCGCAGAGCCUGGAGCAGCACAAGCAGCAGCUGCUUAGUGCAGAGCCAGUGCGAGCCAUGCUGGACCGGCAGCGCCGAGUCUUCCGACCCUCAGCCCUGGCCUCACACUUUGAGCUCCCCGCCGACUUCUUCAGCCUCACAGCAGAGGAGGUGAAACGCGAGCAAAGGCUCAGAACUGAGGCCGUGGAGCGGCUGAGCUCACUAAGGACCAAGGCCAUGCGCGAAAAGGAGGAGCAGCGGGAGCUGCGCAAGUACACCUAUGCCCUACUGCGUGUGCGCCUGCCCGAUGGCUGCUUGCUGCAGGGGACCUUCUAUGCCCGGGAGCGGCUGCCUGUGCUCUUCCAGUUUGUGCGCGAAGCAUUGCAGAAUGACUGGCUGCCCUUUGAGCUGAGGGCCUCAGGUGGACAGAGGCUGGUGGAGGACGAGGCCCUGGCCCUGAACGAGUGUGGACUGGUACCCUCUGCCCUGCUGACCUUCUCCUGGGAUGCUUCAGUGUUGGAGGACAUGAGGGCUGCAGGAGCCGAGCCAGCCACAUGUGUGUUGAGGCCUGAGCUGCUUGCAGCCAUCGAGCAGCUCUCCUGAAUAAAAGCAGGCUCGGCCCAGCAUGCGCUGUGUCAUACCGUCCCCCAAACCCAUUCCUUACCCUGAGUCCCCACCAAAUAGAAGGGACACUAGUAGCAGUAGAGUUGGGAACAGGGUCCCAUCUCAAGAACUGAGUCACCUGGGCUGCAGGGACAGGUCUGCCCCUUCCUGAAGAGUGUGGAGCCUCUGGGAGCCCAGCACAGGUGGCAGAGCGGGUCUGCAGCAUGGGCACAGGCCUCACAGACUAUGGAUGGAAGCAGCCUGCCCCAUACCUGUGCUGGAGACAGCAGAAAGCAGGUGCCUUGCAGCAUGGAACUGUAAUUCCUAAGUUAUGAACCCAAAUAAACAGGCUAUUUAAACCCA